UUCAACGUAUACAAUCAAAUCACUACGUGGUUUACACUAAACAUCUAACUCUAUAUAUACUACACCUCAACCCAAGCCAUCCUUAAAACCUAGCUAAAAGCCUUGUUCAGAAGAAAUAGAUCACAAACUCUAGAUAACCAACACUUCAAAGUCACUACAUCAAAUUCCAAAUGGAAAAAACAGAUUACACUAUCAACAGAGUUUCUCUAAUUGAAGGUGCUGAUGAACAUCAAUAUCACUUGAAUAAAAUUAUCUCUCGCGCAACCUCGGUGGGAUUAUCGUCGAGAGUAUACUAUCGGAACUCGAACGGAGCUGUUCCCUUUAAAUGGGAAAUGCAGCCCGGGAAGGCGAAAAAUCCACCGCGAAAAGAUGUAAUUCCACCACCGAGCCCUCCACCAGCGGUGCACAACCGAUGGCUAGCUAAGCAUAACCGGUUACCCGACCCGCAGUCUUUUAAGGAGUCUAGUUCAUUGUCUAGAUUGAGGUUUUGGAAGAAAAGAAGCAAGAAGAUUAUUAUAAAUGGACGAAAGAUUGAGGAGAGACGAAAUGGUAAUGUCACUGAUGGUGUGCACAAGUAUGAAACAGGUGAGUUUGGUGAGUCUGAUGGAGAGUUCACUGGAUCGGGUAAUGAUUCUAGAAGCUCCCCGUCUAUGUCUUCGUCUUCGUCGAAUAGUAACUCUUCUCUGCAUCUAUCAAGGUUCGCAACUCCAUGGAACGUGACAGAUGUACUGCAGAUUGAAGAGCAUUCGCAAACAUAUGAUGAACAAGGGCAACGUACAGCAUGUGCAAACGAAAACGAUGGAGCAUUAUUCAAAACAAAUCUUUCAAGAAAUUCUACAAUAAACCAGUCCUCUCGAUUGUUCUAUCAGAAUCCAGGAAGUGUUCCCUUUAAGUGGGAGAAGUUGCCGGGAACAUCGAAGAAUCCAGCCAAAGAGGAGACCGUUCCACCGCCAAGUCCUCCACCAGCGGUUCAAAGCUUGGGACUAACGACUCCUCGCGUCCAAUUUCAAUCGGAGAAGCCGAAAACAAAUACUUUGAGAUUGUUGUUGAAGAAGUGCAAGAUCAAUGUAGAGGCUAAGAAGAAGUUUCAAGGGCUAAGCCUUCAGAAAUCUCGAAAAUUAGAUGUUGAUAAUAUUAGUUUAGCAUCUGUUUCCUCGCGUGGUCUCUCACAAAGGAUGUUGAGAAAUGUGGUAGCUAAUUCUUCUUGUUAUGGUGCUGGAAAGCCGAAAAGUAUUAGAGACGUAUAGACCAUGAUGUUUCAAUCUGUAUUUCUUUAUGUAAGUGUGGAUGAAACUCAUGUUAAGAUGAUUUAAAUGAGAGUAUGAAACUGUGAUCGAGUUGUAUAUCAUCUGAGAUGUCUUUGUUUGAUCAUGUUGUUGUAUAAUUCUGUUAUUUGGUUCAAUCGAUUAAGCAACCUACACAAUAACAUUUUAUGA